GCAGAAUGCAUUUUUAAGGUUUUGGUGGCUGUGGCUCCAAAUGAAACACGUCGUGCUUUGAGGAAGCUGGUGUUUUUCAUCUCCUUUCAUCUUCUUUGCUCUUACCCAAGAAGGCUAAGAAUUGGGAGAGUUUUGUUUCUUGCAAAAACCCCAUAAAGCAUGAAGCUUUCUUGCACACCCAGUGCUCUAUCAUGGACCCAGUUCGUUUUUCCAUCUUUUCAGAGCCCUCAGUCUUUCUCUAUGGGUGAGACUAAGAGAUUCAGGGUUUGGUGUGUUUCUAAUCAGACGCAGAAGGAAAAUCAGAUGAUAGUAUCAGUGACAGGAGCUACAGGUUUUAUAGGCAGAAGAUUGGUGCAAAGGCUCCAUGCAGAUGAUCAUUCUGUUCGUGUCUUAACACGCUUGAGAUCUAAAGCAGAGUUAAUAUUUCCGGUCAAGGAUUUUCCAGGUGUCAUAAUUGCCGAGGAGGCAGAGUGGAAAGAUUGCAUUCAAGGUUCAAAUGCUGUUGUUAAUUUGGCAGGAAUGCCCAUUAGCACAAGAUGGUCUGCUGAGGUUAAAAAGGAGAUUAAGCAAAGCAGGAUCAGAGUCACCUCAAAGGUUGUAGAUUUGAUAAAUAAUUCACCAGAAGGAGCUCGGCCUACUGUUUUGGUUAGUGCAACAGCUGUUGGUUACUACGGCACUAGUGAAACACAAGUUUUUGAUGAGAGCAGUCCAUCAGGAAAUGAUUAUUUGGCUGAGGUUUGCAGGGAAUGGGAGGCAACAGCAGUUAAAGUAAAUAAGGAUGUCAGAUUAGUACUCAUACGCAAUGGAGUGGUUCUUGGUAAAGAAGGCGGUGCUUUAGCUAAAAUGAUCCCAGUCUUCAUGAUGUUUGCUGGAGGACCUUUGGGCUCUGGACGGCAAUGGUUUUCCUGGAUUCACUUGGAUGACAUAGUAAGCCUGAUAUAUGAAGCUCUGUCUAAUCCAUCUUAUAAAGGAGUUAUAAACGGUACUGCACCCAACCCUGUUCGAUUGGCAGAGAUGUGUGAACACAUGGGAAAUGUCUUGGGCAGACCCUCGUGGCUGCCAGUGCCAGACUUUGCCCUCAAAGCCGUAUUUGGUGAAGGUGCUUCCGUGGUCCUGGAAGGGCAAAGAGUUGUUCCUGCUAAAGCCAAGGAGUUGGGUUUCUCAUUUAAAUACAGCUACGUUAAGGAAGCACUUAAAGCUAUUCUGUUGUAAAAGCUUCUACUGACUACUGAGAUGUGAAAUAACACUGAUGUAUUCUUUAUUCUUUGGACAAGAAGGUUUCAGGCCUCUGCCAUGACAUUAGGAGCAGAGUCAAUUUAUUCUUGAAUCCGUUCAUUGGUUUCUUUGGUUAUUUUCUAGUGAACAAUUUCUCAUAAAUGAGGUCAUAUGGC